AUGGAAGCUUGUCACCCUCCACAGCAAUCCAAUGUCACUUCAUUUCGGGUCUUAACUGUGACCAUCAUCACCCUGGAGGCAUUUCCUGGCAUGUGGAUAAAUGCUUUCAUUGUUUGUGUGCUUUGCAUUGCCUGGGUCCAAAAGAAAACUCUGAACUCUAAUGAGAAGAUCUUGCUGCUGCUGGCAUGCUCCAGGAUUUCCUAUUUGUGCUUCACAUGGAUAUACCGCUUCCUUUCAAUCAUUUAUCCCAAUUUCCUUCAUGUUCAAACCACACGCCAAUUACUUAGAGCUUUUGCAAACUUUUUUAAUUUUUCCAACUUGUGGCUUUUUUGAUUGUUCAAACGUAUGAGUUUCAGCCAGUCUUUGCAUGUUUUUUAUUGUAUACAAAUUGUCAAUUUCAGGAACAGCUUCUUCAUUUAUGCAGAAGUAAAAACUGACAAGAUUGUGCCAUGGCUCACACAAUCUGUGCUUUUGGCCUUUAUUUUCAGUAUUCUUGUCUACCACAUCUCUUAUGAAACACAGUGUAACAAUCACAAUGACAGUAGUCAAGGAUAUUAUCUGAAACACAUUAUCAGACUGUAUGACCUUUACUGCCUAUAUAUAUAUAUAUAUUUUUUUUUUUUUGACAUAGGAUUUGUGCUUUCCACUUCAUUAACAGCAGUUGUCUUUCCCGCCCUUCUCCUUCUCUUUUCUCUCUGGAGACACAAAUGCAAGAUGCAUACAAACUCCAUGAAGACCCCCAGCAUGGAUGCCCACAUCAAAGCCAUGAAAUCUAUUCUCUCCUUCUUAGUAAUGCACAGCAUCAACUUUAUAUUUUUUAUUUUGACACUAAUUUAUGCAAGGAAGGAAGAAAAUCAUGUGGCUUUUCUUAUUUUUGCAUUUCUGUAUGCUUUUCCAGGUGUUCAUUCCCUUAUUUUGAUUUUCAGCAAUCCUAAACUGGAAAAGACACUGAUAAGGAUUCUAUCCUGUGUCAAGUGCAAGGAUUGCAUGAGGUAG